UGACAAUGUGAGUGAUAGAUGGGUCGAUGCAAUUGCUACCCGAUUGCCACUCAUGGUGGCUGUUUGUUAGCGCCAAAAUUCAGACAGAGAAAGAGUGGAUAAGGUUGGUUGGUUGGUUUACUAACUUGGGAAAAAACGAUGAAUGAAUAAGGAAAUGCGAGAAGACGAGAAAACGACAAAGCCAUUCUUUUAGCGGGGCGUGCUACCAAGUACCAACUACUCGUUUCCAUCGUUAUAUAAAAUCAUCACCGACAGUUGGAGAAAGAACAGAGAGCGGAAGAGAGGGAGAGUUUCACUCACGGCAGCGAAAUCACUGACGGGUAAGUAAGUAACUAUGGAGGCUUUGGUGUGCAAGAAACUCGGCGAUCCGUCGACGGCAGCCGGCGGUGAUUCACCGAUCGUUCUGAGCAAGAAUCACCCGGUUCCGCCGCUUGGCUCUCCCACCACAGUUAGAGUCAGGGUUAAAGCCACGAGCUUGAACUUCGCCAAUUACCUUCAGGUUCUCGGGCAAUACCAGGAGAAGCCUCCGCUGCCGUUCAUUCCAGGCUCCGAUUACGCCGGCGUCGUCGACGCCGUCGGUUCCGGUGUGUCCCUUUUCAAAAUCGGAGACCAUGUUUGCUCCUUUGCCUCCCUAGGAUCCUUCGCCCAGUUCAUCGUCGCCGAUCAGUCCGAACUGUACCUGGUGCCAAAAGAAUGCGAUCUGGUGGCUGCCGCUGCUCUUCCGGUGGCUUUUGGAACCUCUCAUGUUGCUCUUGUUCACAGAGCUCAGCUGGGUUCUGGCCAGGUUCUUCUGGUUCUUGGAGCAGCUGGAGGUGUUGGCCUUUCUGCUAUCCAAAUUGGCAAAAUUCGUGGAGCUAUUGUUAUUGCUGUUGCUAGGGGAGAGGAGAAGAUUAAACUUCUGAGGUCGAUGGGAGUUGAUCAUGUCGUGGACUCGACUAAAGAAGGUGUUACCGCGAGUGUCAAGAACUUUCUCAAGUCGAGGAAGCUCAAAGGGGUGGACGUUCUGUAUGAUCCAGUUGGUGGGAAGCUUACGAAAGAGAGCUUGAAGUUUCUGAAUUGGGGUGCACAGAUUCUGGUUAUUGGUUUUGCCAGUGGUGAAAUACCCCUCAUUCCUGCCAACAUUGCCCUUGUCAAGAACUGGACUAUUCAUGGACUUUACUGGGGAAGCUACAAGAUACAUAGACCACCUGUUCUUGAAGAUUCUCUCAAGGAGCUUCUCAGCUGGAUGGCUCGGGGACUCAUCACUAUCCACGUUUCUCAUACUUACAGCCUCUCAGAGGCCAGCCUUGCUUUUUCCGCAAUCAAAGAGCGAAAAGCCAUUGGGAAAGUGAUGAUUACCAUUGAUGAUGCACGCCAUUCAAGAUCAAAGCUUUGAAACAUUAUCAACCACGUGCUGAGCUCGUCUGGUGAAGCAACAACAUACAGAAUCUUGAGAGCGGAAUACAAUCAUCCAUCAUCAGAAGGGAAACCAACCGCCAACUUUAUGCUCGAAGUUAAUUGGAAGAGUAGUAAGCAGAUGUAAAAUGAUGUGAGUGAAUGAAAAAUUGAGGUGAAUGAACAAACCUUUAUACACAGCGAAGAGCAGAACGGCACAGACUAGUUCGGAAAGAAAGAAAAAGGAGAUGGAUAAGAAGGAAAUAUAGACAUGGGAACUUCUGGCAGUUGGUUCUAUCUUCGGCAACAAUGAAUGAACUGCGAGCUGCUUUGUUCCCUUUAAUUGCUUGAAAAAUGCCUCUUGUUGAUAAGGCAUUCAGUCAUGUUGUUAGCUGAUAGUGAUCACAGACUGGUCUUUGUUCUUUUUUCCUCCUGUUGGAGGGUUAUUCAAUAAAUUGAGAGACUGCAAGUCUGCAACGGCCCGAACGGUUCAACCCGUAGAUCCACUUAUCGAUGACCGGUCCGAUAUGAUUCCAGCUAUCAAUGCAGUCAAAAUUGCGAUUUAAAACUUAAAAGCUUACAGUUUACGCUUUUAGGUCACCAAAACGCUUUCGUUUCCAUAUAGAAACUUUAGUGUAUAAAAUCGGACUAAAUUGCACUUUAAAGCUGAAAAGCUUACGCUUCGACGCUUCUAGUUCACCAAAACGCUUUACGCUUUUACGUUUUUAGUUCACUAAAUGGGCAUUCUUUUCAUGAAAUUAAUUAUAAAAUAUAUAUAUUUAAAGGUAAACCACCAACAUUUUUUAUCUCAAUAGAGUAAUUUAAUUCACCAGCUAGACUCUUCCCAAAAUCUUUAAGAAAGGAAAGUGGCUUAUUGUUAAGAUUAUGUUUAUGAGCUUAUUAUUAAGAGGCUAUAAGUUGCUCUACUUUAGGCAUGACUUGCAGAUAUAGGUGGCAAAUGGAUUGGAUUCAUGGAUUGGUGGAUUGGAUUGGUGUUCAUGGAUCAAAUGGAUUGGAUUAAGUGGAUUGGUGGAUUAUCCAUGAAUCUAAAUGACAUCCUCAACCUUGGACCAAUAUGUAAAAUGUAAAAAGUUUAGUUACCAAAAUGUCAUAACAAAAAAUUUAGGUACCAAAAUGUAAUUUUUCAAUGAUAUUUUUUGCAGUGUUAUUAAAGUCGAACCGAGCCGCUCGGCCCGACCGGUAAAACCGUCACCCGUUCACAAAACCGGCUCGGAACAGUCUAUAAGCCACUCCGGUUUUAUGUAGCGGUUGGCGAGCGGCCGAGGCGGUUAACCGUUCGAGCCGAUCGAGCCGCUCGUCCGGUUUUUGCCAUUCAGCCACUAAAUUUAAUUAAAAAAAUUGUCGAAGAUUGAAAAUUGAAAUAAACCAAAAACGUCAGGCUCUCAAAUUGAAUCCUUAUUUCCAUUUCACAAUUUCGAAGGAAAUAGAUGAGCUCUGAUUAAGAAAUGUCCACUAUUUAUACUGAUAACGUUUAUUAGAUACCGGUUCUCUAACGGUUUUUAAACGGUCUAAUGUCGGUUGGACCGCUAAAGUGCGAGCCGUUCGCAUUACCGGGUCAUGCUCCGGUUCGGUUAUGACAACAUUGAUUUUUUGUCUAAAAAAUUAAAUUUUGGGUACAAAAAUGUAAAAUAUAAAAAGCGUAGAUACCGAACCGUAAUUUGCCAUUUGGAUUCAUCAAUCAAUCAAUGAAUCCACCAAUCCAAUUGGAUUUGGAUCAAAUGGAUUGGAUUAGGUGGAUAUUUAUAAUGGAUUGGUGGAUUGAUUUGAGAAUUGUCACCUCUAAUUGCAGAUAUUUAUUAACUUAUCUAAAUUUUGUGUACUCGUAUAUUUUUUUAUGAAUGGGUGGGAUUUUAUUCAUCUAUACAAUCAAUACACUGUCUUACUUUUA